GACUUCCAAAAAAUGAAGCUGGCGACAGGACUGUGGGUCUGGGUGAGCCUUCUCGUGGCGGCGGGGACCGUCCAGCCCAGCGCUUCUCAGUCAGUGUGCGCAGGAACGGAGAAUAAGUUGAGCUCUCUCUCUGACCUGGAACAGCAGUACCGAGCCUUGCGCAAAUACUAUGAGAACUGUGAGGUAGUCAUGGGCAACCUGGAGAUAACCAGCAUCGAGCACAACCGGGACCUCUCUUUUCUGCGGUCUAUAAGAGAAGUCACAGGCUACGUGUUGGUGGCUCUUAAUCAGUUUCGCUAUCUGCCUCUGGAGAAUUUACGCAUUAUUCGUGGGACAAAACUUUAUGAAGAUCGAUAUGCCUUGGCAAUAUUUUUAAACUACAGAAAAGAUGGAAACUUUGGACUUCAAGAACUUGGAUUGAAGAACUUGACUGAAAUCCUAAAUGGUGGAGUCUAUGUAGACCAGAACAAGUUUCUUUGUUAUACAGACACAAUUCAUUGGCAAGAUAUUGUUCGGAAUCCAUGGCCUUCCAACCUGACUCUGGUGUCAACAAAUGGUAGCUCAGGAUGUGGACGUUGCCAUAAGUCCUGCACUGGCCGAUGCUGGGGACCCACAGAAAAUCAUUGUCAGACUUUGACAAGGACUGUCUGUGCAGAACAGUGUGAUGGCAGAUGCUACGGACCCUACGUUAGUGACUGCUGUCACCGAGAAUGUGCUGGAGGCUGCUCGGGACCUAAGGACACUGACUGCUUUGCCUGCAUGAACUUCAAUGAUAGUGGAGCAUGUGUUACUCAGUGUCCACAAACUUUUGUCUACAAUCCAACAACCUUUCAACUGGAGCAUAACUUCAAUGCAAAAUACACCUAUGGAGCAUUUUGUGUCAAGAAGUGCCCACAUAACUUCGUGGUUGAUUCCAGUUCCUGUGUGCGUGCCUGCCCUAGUUCCAAGAUGGAAGUAGAAGAAAAUGGGAUUAAAAUGUGUAAACCUUGCACUGACAUUUGCCCAAAAGCUUGUGAUGGCAUUGGCACAGGAUCAUUGAUGUCCGCUCAGACCGUGGAUUCUAGUAACAUUGACAAAUUCAUAAACUGCACCAAAAUCAAUGGGAAUUUGAUCUUCCUUGUCACUGGUAUUCAUGGGGACCCUUACAAUGCAAUUGAAGCCAUAGACCCAGAGAAACUGAACGUGUUUCGGACAGUCCGAGAGAUAACAGGUUUCUUGAACAUACAAUCAUGGCCCCCAAACAUGACUGACUUCAGUGUUUUUUCUAACCUGGUGACCAUUGGUGGAAGAGUACUCUAUAGUGGCCUUUCCUUGCUUAUCCUCAAGCAACAGGGCAUCACUUCUCUACAGUUCCAAUCCCUGAAAGAAAUCAGUGCAGGAAACAUCUAUAUCACUGACAACAGCAACCUGUGUUAUUAUCAUACCAUUAACUGGACAACACUCUUCAGCACAAUCAACCAAAGAAUAGUGAUCCGAGACAACAGGAAAGCUGAAAACUGUACUGCUGAAGGAAUGGUGUGCAACCAUCUCUGUUCAAACGAUGGGUGUUGGGGACCUGGACCAGACCAGUGCCUGUCGUGCCGUCGCUUCAGCAGGGGAAGGACCUGCAUAGAGUCUUGUAACCUCUAUGAUGGUGAAUUUCGGGAGUUUGAGAAUGGCUCCAUCUGUGUGGAGUGUGACCCCCAGUGUGAGAAGAUGGAAGAUGGCAUCCUCACAUGCCAUGGACCGGGACCUGACAACUGUACAAAGUGCUCCCAUUUUAAGGAUGGCCCGAACUGUGUGGAAAAAUGUCCAGAUGGCUUACAGGGGGCAAACAGUUUCAUUUUCAAGUAUGCUGAUCAGGAUCGGGAGUGCCACCCAUGCCAUCCAAACUGCACCCAAGGGUGCAUAGGCUCAAGUAUUGAAGACUGCAUCGGCCUGAUGGAUAGGUGUAGCGGUCCCACUAGUCAUGACUGCAUUUACUACCUUUGGACGGGCCAUUCCACUUUACCACAACAUGCUAGGACUCCUCUAAUUGCAGCCGGAGUCAUUGGCGGGCUCUUCAUCAUGGUCAUCGUGGGUCUAACAUUUGCAGUUUAUGUUAGAAGGAAGAGCAUCAAAAAGAAAAGAGCCUUAAGAAGAUUCCUGGAAACAGAGUUGGUAGAACCCUUAACACCCAGUGGUACGGCGCCUAAUCAGGCUCAACUACGUAUUUUGAAAGAAACUGAACUCAAAAGAGUAAAAGUACUUGGUUCAGGUGCUUUUGGAACUGUUUAUAAAGGUAUUUGGGUCCCUGAAGGAGAAACAGUGAAGAUUCCUGUGGCUAUUAAGAUUCUUAAUGAAACAACUGGUCCCAAAGCCAAUGUGGAAUUUAUGGAUGAAGCUCUGAUCAUGGCAAGUAUGGACCAUCCACACUUAGUCCGGUUAUUGGGUGUGUGUCUAAGCCCAACCAUUCAGCUGGUUACACAGCUUAUGCCCCAUGGCUGCCUGUUGGAUUAUGUCCAUGAACACAAGGAUAACAUUGGAUCCCAGCUUUUGCUUAAUUGGUGUGUCCAGAUAGCUAAGGGAAUGAUGUACCUGGAAGAAAGACGGCUUGUUCAUCGGGAUUUGGCAGCCCGUAAUGUCUUAGUGAAAUCUCCAAACCAUGUAAAAAUAACGGAUUUUGGACUAGCCAGGCUCUUGGAAGGUGAUGAAAAAGAGUAUAAUGCUGAUGGAGGAAAGAUGCCAAUUAAAUGGAUGGCUUUGGAGUGUAUACACUAUAGAAAAUUCACCCAUCAGAGUGACGUUUGGAGCUAUGGAGUCACUAUAUGGGAACUGAUGACCUUUGGAGGAAAACCCUAUGAUGGAAUUCCAACCAGAGAAAUCCCCGAUUUGUUAGAGAAAGGAGAACGUUUGCCCCAGCCUCCCAUCUGCACUAUUGAUGUUUAUAUGGUCAUGGUCAAAUGUUGGAUGAUUGAUGCUGACAGUAGACCUAAAUUUAAGGAACUGGCUGCUGAAUUUUCGAGGAUGGCUCGAGACCCUCAAAGAUACCUAGUUAUUCAGGGUGAUGAUCGUAUGAAGCUUCCCAGUCCAAACGACAGCAAGUUCUUUCAGAAUCUCUUGGAUGAAGAGGAUUUAGAAGAUAUGAUGGAUGCUGAGGAAUAUCUGGUCCCUCAGGCUUUCAACAUCCCACCUCCCGUCUAUACUUCCAGAGCAAGAAUCGACUCAAAUAGGAGUGAAAUUGGACACAGCCCUCCUCCUGCCUACACCCCCAUGUCAGGAAACCAGUUUGUGUACCGAGAUGGGGGUUUUGCUGCAGAACAAGGAGUACCCAUGCCCUAUAGAGCCACCACCAGCACGAUCCCAGAAGCCCCAGUUGCUCAGGGGGCUACCGCCGAGAUUUUUGAUGACUCCUGCUGUAACGGCACCUUACGCAAGUCCGUGGCACCCCACGUCCAAGAGGACAGCAGCACCCAGAGGUACAGCGCUGACCCCACAGUGUUUGCCCCAGAACGGAGCCCACGAGGAGAGCUGGAUGAAGAAGGUUACAUGACCCCUAUGCGAGAUAAACCCAAACAAGAAUACCUGAACCCUGUGGAGGAGAACCCUUUUGUGUCUCGGAGGAAAAAUGGAGACCUUCAAGCUUUGGAUAAUCCCGAAUAUCACAGUGCUUCCCAUGGUCCACCCAAGGCCGAGGAUGAGUAUGUGAAUGAGCCACUGUACCUCAACACCUUUGCCAACGCCUUGGGGAAUGCUGAAUACCUGAAGAACAACGUACUGUCAGUGCCAGAGAAGGCCAAGAAAGCAUUCGACAACCCUGACUACUGGAACCACAGCCUGCCACCUCGGAGCACCCUUCAGCACCCAGAUUACCUGCAGGAGUACAGCACAAAAUAUUUUUAUAAACAAAAUGGAAGGAUCCGGCCUAUUGUGGCAGAGAAUCCUGAAUACCUCUCUGAGUUCUCACUGAAGCCAGGCACUGUGCUGCCUCCUCCGCCCUACAGACACCGGAAUACUGUGGUGUAAGCUCAGCAGUGGUUUUCAGGUGGAGAGAGACGCCCGCUCCAACUUCCCCGCCGCCUCUCUUUCUCUUGUGGUCUUCCCUCUACUCUCAAGGCCAGUAGUUUUGACACUUCCCAGUGGAAGAUAUCAAGAUACAAUGAUAGUUAUGUGCUUAUCUAACUUGAACAUUAGAAGGAAGGACUGAAAGAGAAAGACAGGAGGAACCACACUGUUUCUUCAUUUCUCUGCAUGGGUUGGUCAGGAGACUGGAACAGCUAGAGAAGGACCAGCAAAUAUGAGGCAAUACUGCCUGCUGUCAAACUAGUUCCCAACUUUUUUUUAACGUUUUUUUCUUUGCCUCCCUUCCUUCCUUCCUUCCUUCCUUCCUUCCUUCCUCCCUCCCUCCCUCCCUCCCUUCCUUCCUUCCUUCCUUCCUGUAUUUCAAUGCACAUGCUUGAAAGACCCAAGCUGCAGGAACCGAUGUGUACAUUUUCAGCAGCCCUGGAAAUCCUAAUGAUGUUUCCAGAAGAACAAAACGAUGACCUUUUUUAUAAUGUAUGAUAGUAACUAAGAUUGAAAAUCCAAUCUCUUUCUCAGACAGUUUCAAUCUUGACAAGCAAGAAUGACCAACUCAGCUUUCAUAAGUUUUGAAUCUUCAUCAAAGUUAUAACUAGUAAUUAUGUUUGGAGAGCUUUUUUGUUUUUUUCAUUUUGUUUUGCUUUGAUCUGUCUCUUCAUAUUACUUUCUCCCCUCUUUUCAGCUUUAAUUUAUAAUUGCAAACAUUUUUACAUCAAACCUUCUUAGGUAUUGCUAUAAAGUGAAAGAAUUGUAAAAAGAAAUAUUUUAAUAUGGUGAAAUGGCCACUAUUUUAAAUAUGCAGUCUUUAAAAUUAGAAGGGGAGGCCAAGAUAUUAGUCAAAUGUAACAUCAAAUCUUACUUUUAUGUUUUACACUAUUGAAUAUGUAUCCCCACCCCCAAUCCUUUACAUUCUUCAACAUUUUCUUCCCCUCUAUGAAUGACAGUACUUAAUAGGCAGUUGGUCAUAUUAAGAGUAGAAGGGAAACUAAGAGACAGUUCUGUGUGGUUCAUGAAAACUACUGACACUUUCAGGGGUGGUCCAAUGGGGAAUCCAUUGAACUGGAAGAAACACACUGGAUUGGGUAUGUCUACUUGGCAGAUACUCAGAAAUGUAGUUUGCACUUAAGCUAUAAUUUUAUUUGUUCUCUUUCUGAACUCCGUUUUGGAUUUUGAAUGAAGCAAUAUGGAAGCAACCAGCAAAAUAAUUCAUUUAAGUACAUUUUUUUUUUAAAGAGCUAAGAUAAAUAAAGACUGUGGAAAUGCCAAACCAAGCAAAUUAGGACUUUGGAACACUUUGGGUUUAUGGUGAGAGGGUCAGCACAUGAUCAACAUGUGAUAUCACAUUUCCUAAACAAGGAAAGUUAUCCGGUUUGUAUACUCCACUUGAAGGAAUGCAAGUAAGGAUUGGCUUGAAUUCCAUGGAAUUUCUAGUAUGAGACUCUAUUUAUAUUAAGUGGAAGGUAACUGCACAUAAAUUGGUAUAAUAAAAAGAAAUACAAACAUUCAUUGCUUAUAGAUAGGUCCUUGGGUCAAAAGUUGUAAAUAAAUGUGAAAAAACUUCUCAUGUAAUUAUUUUAAUAUCCAACAUACUACUCUUUUGAUACUUUAUAUAAUAACUCUAUUUCUUCAAACACAACAUCCUAGUUCUAGAGCCACCUUUCUUGUGUAUCACUUAACCCACUGAGUUAAGAGGAGCAAUGGGAACAAAUGGUAGGAACGAGUUUUCAGGAAAAGGGGGCCUCAGGUCAGUAAUUAGAAAAAUUGGAUAGAAAUCUCUCUAUUUUAGGAAAGUCUGGCCCAAUUCAUUUGGAAUUUUAAAAAAAUAUUUCUUUCCAAUGUUAAAGUAUUGGAAUCAAAUUUGAAUGUAUAACCUAAUUGAAAGCAAUUAGACUAAAAAUCUCUAUUGGCAAAGAGGAGAGUUUAGAAAAAAGGAUGAAAAGAAAUCUAGGUUUCUGCCUAUUUUGAAAAGUAGAUCUAUCUAUCCAUUCAGCUCCCUUAUUUUUUCAACUCAUAUUUAUUUAUAGUCUACUAAAAGCACUGUGUUAUGUGGGGAACACCCAGAUAAAUGCAAUACUAUCCGUAACUUUAAAAUUUUACAAUCCAGAUUUAUUUGGCAUGACAUUUAAUUUUUUUAAUAUAAUUCAAGGAAUACAAUUGCACGGACUAUUUUAUGAAUAGUCAUAUAAAAUCAACUCUUUCUUUGUUAAAAGAUCUCCUGUGAACUCAUGUGGGACAUGAGUGAAACACCCUUCAAGUUCCUGAAGUUAGCAAAUAGGAUCGUUUCAGUGUUUUAUCAUUCAAACACAAACUGUUCUAGAAGGAUAUUGUAUCACUGGCUAAUUGUCCUAUUGGAUUCUAACUUAACCAUUAAAUCAACAAUAGAUGUUGGUCUUUGGCCAGGAACAUUGGAGAAAUUGGGAAUGGUUUCUUCCUGAGUUAUGAAAAGUGAGGGAAGCUUAAAGGCUGAGGUUGAGCAAGGGAGGGGUUUGUGAGAGCUCUUCCAGUGAAAUUCAAACAUGAACUUCCCAGGGUUGAAGACACAGAAUGAUUCAGGGGCCACAGCCUAAUAGCUCAGAGCUCAUUCACCCAGUCAGAGGAGUAUCCAGGAAAAGGGGUCCUCACAUCAGUUUUUAUGAAAGUUUAGAUAUAAACCUCUCUUUCUAAAAAAAUCUGUACCAACUCAUCACUGACAGCAUCCUUGUUGGAUACUGGAACUUGACUUUUUCUCCUGAUUUACAAUAUUCAUAUGGUUUCUAUGGGGAUAUGAAGAGCAGAAUCACUUAUACUGAAGAAGGAAAGAAAAAUAAUUAUUUUACUGUUAAGGUAAUAGAAAUGUAUUCAGUGAAGGUAGUGUCUCCGUCAUCCUAGGAACAUAAGACCCUUACACAUCAGGUACUAAUAACUGGAGAUAGAUGCAAGUAUAAUCCAAAAUGACCCAAAAUGCUUCACAAGAACUUUAUUGUUCCUUUUGAAUGAUUUCUGUAGCACAUACUUGAUUUCAGUUGUUUUAGGGUUUCUCUUUUGAUUUAUUUUUGUCCCCCUAGGAAAACAUAUUUCAGAGUGUAUGAGAGGGAGAAAAAAAAAGUUUCAUUUGUUCCAAAGAAUAACUUAUUCAACUCAGUAGAGUGAAAUUUAAAAAUGCCAAUUAAAGCCUGUGAAGUGCAUCAGAAUAUCAGAUUAUUGUAGGCUAGUUAUAUCAGUGCAAAUAUGCAGAACCAAUUAAGUAAAUUUGAAGAAAAUUAAUAGUCAAAUUACAAAGACUGUAUUUUUUAAAUCACCAAAUCUUGUAGCUUAUACCUAUCUUGGGGAAUCUUAUUUCCAGGUAAGAAAAACUGUAUAAUUAAAUGGUUGUUUAGGGCAGUGGUUCUUAGGUAGGUGAGAAAAGAAGUUUUCUAAACCAAGGUAGACCCAGAACCUCAAAGCAUCCUGAACCACAAAGACAUGCUUGAACGACUGAGUAGAAAUUGAUUUUCCAAAUAUUAAUAGCACAGGUUAGGGUGAGAGUUUUUCUCGGGUAAUUUUCUUGAAAUGGAAUGAAAAACAAUGCAAAACUCAAAUCAGAUUAAAAUGUAUAAACUAAAAAUUUGAGAUUGUUUUCUUAGUACAUCAGGAAGAAUGACUGAAUAUUUGUAGCUGGAGAGGAGAAAUAGUGUUCUUCUAAGUGUAUAAUGUAUGUGUUGAUACCUUGUAAAAUCAGGACUUGGCAUGAAGAUCAUGUAUAUUUCCAAUGCCUAAGACAAACCAGUAGGACUGUGAGAUGCUGCCCCUACAUGAAGUUGAAAGGGUUAUCAACAUGCUUUUUGAAGUGUCAAAAAUUUAAAAAAAAAAAAAAAAAAAAGGAAAUUGGUUAAGCCUGACAGGGAAGGAUGUAAAUACAUGUUUUUCUAGAGCUAUCUAAACUUUAUUUCAAAACUUGAAUUAUUCAUCCAUCUAUAAAUGUUGGUUAUUUAACUAGUAUAUGUAGUUCAUAAGGUAAUAGAAAAGGUGAUUAUGAAAGCAUGUAUAUAUCUGGACAGAACCAUGAUAAUGCUGUAAGAUGUAGAUUUAGUUAGAUUAACAGAUGUUAAAUGAUUUUAAUACUAUUAAAUAAAUCACACUAGAAAACUAACCACAGAAUAUAAUGUAGCAAAAUAAAAUGCAGGAUAUGAAAAUGUAGGAUGGAUUUUGCAUAGUAAAAAAUGUUUGCCAUUUAAAAUUGUUAUUUGUUAGGUUGAGCUGAAAGUGGGCGUAUAAAAAGCAGGUUCCACUUAUGAAAACUUGCUUUAAAGCAUUACAAUUAUUUUUUUCUCAUUCUCUUAUUCCUUUACCAUUUGUAAAAUAUAUUACGUGUAAAGAGGAAUUUUUCAAAUUUGUUUUGCAAAUACCACCUUGUAGAGUUUAACAGGCAAGUGUGUUACAGAUGACUUUAAGUAAGAGGUUUCAAAAUGAAGUGAAGGAAAUAUAAAUGUUCUAUUACCUUAUGCAGUGACAAAAAAAAUGAGUGGUGUCAUUUAGUAAACAAACAAAAUGCAUUUAAUUUGUGACAUAUCCUUUCUUUUUUCUAUGAUACCCUCCCAUCUCCAACAAGAACCCAAGGAAUUAGUUAACAAUAUUCUGAGAAAUAAAUGCUAAAGCAAGCAUUUCAAACUGCUGUAUUUCCAUUAUUUUGGACAAUAGUUGAUAGCCAGAUGAUUUUUAAUAGGGCAAAUGAGAAAUCCAGGUGGAUAAGGUUCUAGUUGUUGAAAAGCCAGAAAACUAAAUCUACUGUAUAUCCUAUGGGCAGAGAAUUCUGCUGGGCCUCUCUUUAUGCAUAUGGUCUUUGAAGGACAGCCUGGUACCCAUGCAGACACUAAAGGCAGACUUAUAUCUGCUGAUUGCCAUUUGCUUAAGAAUGAAUAAGAGUAUACAGAUGUAGACUGGGCAUCAUUUUAAAAUAACACUAUCAGUAGAGACCUUGAUAUUACUGAUAUUAAAAAGGGGCCAGCUUUUAUACUUCUGGGUAGAAUUAAUACAAUUUUUCUAAUACCAGAGAGCCUUUGCAAAAGUAGUUCUUUCCACAAUUUCAAACAUUAAGCUGUUGUGGGCACGGUGUUGGAUCAGGAGUCCUUCAGUUUAUAUGGACACAUGGCUUUAGCACCAUGGGCUACUUUGUUCUUUUCAUUAAACAAAAGUCUCUAUAAAAUAAAAUUUUCAGACACUCGGUUCAAGCCCCACUGAUUUUGUAAAGGUGCAAAAAUGUAGGAUGUGUCACUUUUGCAGACCCCUGCCUCACCUCUUCACAGCCAGGUGAUCUUUUGGGCAGAAGAAAUGCUUCUCUAGUCAUGAGUUGAAAAGACUCUAAGCCCCAGUUUCAUGGAGGUUUUCACAUGCUUCCCCUGGAAAAUACUCCCUGACAGUCAGCUUUGCAAGUAAGUGAUUAUCUUGUUAGGAAUCACAGAAACAAUUCAUUUCUCUCUGGACCUUAAGGAAAAUGCUGCCCUUACUUCUUUUACCAUUGGCACAACUACUCCAUUUUCCUUACUUUUCUGCCACCCUAGUUCAAAGCGGCCCCCUUGAUGCUGUGCCUGUCUUAAGCCAUAGUGGAACUCUGAGGUCCCACAUGCUGCUUUGUAAAACAUUGAUUUAGCCUCUGCCCUCAAAUGUCUGACUUUUCCAUAAAAGAUAGUAGCAAUUUGGACAUUGUUUAAAUUAUUUCUCAAAUAAAUGACUGAACAGAACAUACUUUACGAUGUUAAAAUUAUGCUUUUCCAUGAAGAUCGAUUCUCUUACUAUGUCCUUUGUAGGAAUUUGAGUCGAGUCAGCCCUGUGAAGAAUCUUGAAACUCACAUAUGUGCACAUACCUUUGGUAGGUUUUAGAUUUAAUCUUUUCAUGAAAACUUUACAUUAUAAUAAGUUAUUUUUGCCAGCAAAUUAACUUAUUUACUUUAUUUAUCUUACUUUGCUCCUGAUUGCAAAUAUUUUACAGCUACUGUAUAUAUUUUUUUUUUGAUAAAUGAAGAGUCUUAUUAUCAUAAAGGUAAAGGCUAUUCAGCUCUGAGAACCACCUGUAGCUCUUUACUGGAUCAUUCAUCCCUCUGACAAAUAUAUAAUGAGUGCAGUUUCACUGAAAUGAAAAUCCAUGUUGUCUAAUAGGUUGCCAUUUUUUCUCUACUUUUGCUUUUUAAGGAUAUUUUUCUUUCAAUGCUCUAAGUGUUUUACCCAUAUCACAAUAAGUGGUUACAUUUGUACAAAUAUAAGAAAACAAAGUUUCAUACCUGUAGGCAAUAGUCUAACUUGUCCAAACCACUUUGCCUUUACUGCUAUUUUUAUCCCUGAUGUGUAGCUGUUUCCCCCAGGCCUGUAGCUGUUAUGAAGGAAAGCAAAUCAUACCUCCUAAGUAUUGACAUAACCUGAUUCUUGAGUACCAUUUCCAGAUUUUUCAAUUAGUGGGGGGGUGUACCUUUUCCCUAAUGUGAGAGUCAUUUUCCUGUAUAUUUCUGGAUCUCUCAGGGGCUGGGAGGGGGGCGUGAGGGGCUACACCAUAGCACUCCAAGAAUCCUUUGGGAUUACUCCAGUAAUCAACUAUGAAAGUUAUUUUCUAAGUGUAGAUAUGUAAGCUGUUCUUUUAAAGUAAGGUACUUUGGAAUAUUGUAGCAUAAAUUGGUACUGCUGUUAAAUGGGUCGAUUAUUAAACUGAGCAGCUGUGCAAGGGCAGCUAACUUUGAAUGCACACCUCACUGGCUGGUGUGUCUACAUCUCCUGUCGUGAGCACCAGGGACUUUUAUUGCUGCAGGUCAAAACUGCAUUUUCACACGACAUGACUAGGUGUUCAUCUUUCCUGAGCACCAUUAUAACAAGAUCAAAUGAAAAUGAGAUCGAUCUGCAAGACAAUUCAGAGCACAAAAUGUCAUGUGAAAUCUUCUCUUAAACACUCAUCUCAUAUAUGCAUCAAAGUAGUUGACUAGUUGACGAAGAUCAGUUCAGGUGACAAAGGGAGACACUACCAAAAAGGCAGAGGCUUAAGGUAUUAUAUACAUUUGUAUUCAUUUCCUCAUGUUCUUAACUUGUAAAGAGAAAACAAGCCCUCUUGCUUCUGAAGUAUCAUCAAAGGACAGGGGUGCAAAAAUACCUAGCUGGUAAGCCAUUGAUGUUUCAUUUAAAUCCCAGUGUUCAAAGUUAGCUGCCUUUUUGAAAUAAACAAAAAAUACUACUGUAUGUUUGAAAAUGUGAAUAGUAUUUUUAUAGCUUGUUAAAGACAUGGCUAGUUGCAUUUGUAAAUAGGGAUAAUGUUGCUUUGAUUUUCUUCUGUGGACAUCUUUAUUUGGAACAUAAUUGUCUUUAGGGUUAAUUUGUAUAUAAGUAAUUGGCUUGUGAUUGUUUCUUUUGGGUUGGAAGUUAUCAUUUUGACAUUACUUGUGAUUCUGUGUUCAGCACUAUGGUGAUGUGUUCAACCUCUGCACUCGCUUACACAAUAGGAUAUGCCAAUUGUGUGUGGUGUAAUGUUAUUUUGAUUUUUUUUCUAUUUUAUCUAUGAAGGAUUACGCACUUAACACAUACUAACUUUUUUAAUGUUAGGUAUAUUUUUAGUAUAAUUUCCCUUAUUCUUUCUUCCCCUCCAACCCUUCACUCCAUUCUCCUUCCCUUCUCCCAUUUUCUGUUGUCAUUUGAGAAUGAGGGACAAACAGUAUUUUAAAUUUCUGUAAUUAGGCUUUUCUGUUAGUUCUCAAGGAUCCUCUCUUGGCUCUUGGGAAAGAAUUGUACCUGUACAAGGCAAUUAUAGAAUGCGACCUGCUUUGCCUCUUUCCACACUGAUCAUCCCAGCUGAACAAUUUGAAAACUGUUCUGCCUUUUUGUUACAUGAAUC